GAAAAAUAAUAAAAACAAAUAAAUUUGUAUUCCAAAAAUCCGAAAAAACUAUCAAAAUUUCGCAGUUUAGUCGUUGUGGUGUACCAACAAAGCCAAACAUAAUGGUGAACGCAAUAGAAAAUGUGUUCUACACCUUAAGGAAUAUUCUCAUUAGAAUAACACUGGGUCCGAUAUCUUUCGUAUUUCUUGAACUUUCAAAAUUUGUGCUAGUGCUGGCGUUGGCCUUCUGGAUAACGGUUGGCAUUUUUAUGAUGUGGGAGAGCAUAAUGCCUGAAGCGGCAAGUCGCCUCUCGGCGGCAGCCGCCGCUGUUGUCGCCAAUUCAAGUGGUCUUAUGCCCAGUGACGAAGAUAAGGAUAAUGCUAAAGAGUCGGGAAGUUAUCCCUUUGUUGUAGAUUUGCCAAAGACUGAAUCGUUGUCUCUGGAGAAACAUAUUAUAGAAGAAGCAUUGCUCCAAAAAGUGACGUCAGAAGGAAAAAGUCCGAGUAUAGUGGCGAGUGGACUUCCAGCUGUUAAAGGCGUUACAUUAGAAGCUAAAGAUAACAUUCAAAUUGAAAUUAGCAAAGCUGAAGUGGCGUCUGCAGAAGCUGUUGUCUCCAAACAACCUUCCACAGCAAUGGGAAGUGAAGCUGGUGAUUCUGGUAAACUGAUUGAAUGAAGCAAAUGCUAAUUUACCUUUUGAUCAAGACUCUGUAAUAAGAGAGAAGCAGAA